AUGUCAGGUAUUUGUGCAAAGUGUAAUAACGCAACUUCAGAUGAUGACUCAGUUAAAUGUGUUGAAUGUGCAAGUGUGUUUCACGCGAAAUGUACUAGUUUGGACCUUUCAAAAAAACUGACUAGGCGAACAAAUUUCCGCUGUGAAAAGUGUAAAGGAGCUACAUCCGUAAAUAGUAGUGACUCUGAAGACGGGUUUAAGUCUAGUAUUCUCCGAGCUAUAACAGACCUCAGAAGCGAUUUUAAUACAACUCUUAAUUUAAAACUCGGCGAUUUUGAAACAAAAAUAAAUGAAAGUUUGAACUCUAAACUGUCUGAAAUAGAAAAAACAAUACCAAAUAUAGGUGGAUCGUUCGAGUCAUCCAUCGAUUCUCUCAAAGCCGAAAAUGAGUUGCGGCGGGACGAGUGUGCUCAGCUACGAACUAAGUGUAAUUCACUAACGCAGGAAGUCUCCACCAUGAAGGAACAGAUUCAGGACAUGCAACAGUACAGUCGGUUGCAGAAUCUGGAAAUAUCCGGCGUUCCAGUGUCACCAAAUGAAAAUGUGUUCGCAGUUUUGCAAGCUAUUGCAGCAGCAAUUAAUACUCCAUGGCGACGCGACGACGUAUCUGCAGCGCACCGCUUGGGAUCUCCACGAGGUCGUCAGGCCCGUCCACCAAACAUAGUCGUACGCUUUGUGAGUCGAUCAGUUCGCGCCGAAUGGCUUCAGGCCGCCAAGUCAAACAGGAACCUUGAUGCAGUUCACAUCAGUUCGGCGUACAGUCCGUCAUCUGUCUAUAUUAAUGAACACCUAACCAGCUAUACGAAGGCUCUGCUCAACCAAGCCAAGACCAUGGUCAAGGAUCGUCAGCUGGCGUUUGCCUGGAUCAAAGAGGGUCGAGUACUCGUGAAGAAUACAGCGGACGAACGGGCCAGGAGGGUGAGGAGCUUCGAGGACCUGGGUGUUGUGGAUCGUGGUCGCCGCGGGGGAGGUGACAGUGAGAGCUCCUACGCUGCUACUGGAAAGUAG